UCACAAGUGAACAAGCGGCGUUUGUAUGAGAAGAAAAACAUUUUAUUUUUAUUUUUAAAUUGUAAAUUUAUGAAAGAUUGUGCAAAAAAAUUAAUGCAAAAUGAGUGCCGGUAAUAUGCUAUAUGGCGGUGAUGAAAUUGGAGCACUGGUGUUUGAUCCAGGACAUCAUUCCCUAAGAGUAGGCUAUGCUCAAGAGGAUACACCAAAGGCGGAAAUUCCCUCUGUAGUAGGAGUGGGCCCGCAAUCCCCUGAUACAAAUAUGGAUUUGGAGACGAAAUCUGAUAAUAAUAUAACACAAAAUAAUACAGAUUCUCAAAAAUAUUAUGUAGACACCACGUACAUAAACGUGCCCCGUUCUAAUAUGGAAAUACAGACGUAUAUGAAAGAUGGCAUGAUUGAUAAUUGGGAUCUAUUCGAAAAAGUUAUUGACUAUGCUUAUGCCAAGGUCAUACAAUCAGAACCGGAAUAUCAUCCGGUAUUAUUUUCGGAAGCCUCCUGGAAUGUGCGCAACAAUCGUGAAAAACUAACUGAGCUAAUGUUUGAAAAGUAUAAUGUGCCCGCAUUCUUUUUAGUUAAAAAUGCUGUUUUGGCAGCUUUUGCUAGUGGUAGAGCCACCGCCUUGGUGGUAGACAGUGGAGCUACACACACUUCAGCUGUACCCGUACACGAAGGAUAUGUUUUGUCACAGGCUGUGGUUAAAUCACCUCUAGGUGGUGACUAUUUAUCAAUGCAGUGUCGUCAACACUUGGAAAAGGGUGGUAUUGAUUUGUCGCCAGCUUAUAAUAUUGCUUCCAAAGAUGUGGUGAAGGAACGUGAUGCUCCUCGUUUUACCACUCGCAAGUUGCCUGAAAAUUUAACACAAUCUUGGCAGAAUUAUAUGAUGAAGUCAUUGCUGCAAGAUUUUCAAAUGAAUAUUCUGCAGGUGUUGGAAAACCCUUUUGACGAAAGAGUAGCUUCUCAGAUACCCAUGGUACAUUAUGAAUUUCCUAAUGGUUAUCAUCAGGAGUUUGGCUCAGAACGUUUUAAAUUGGCGGAAAGUUUGUUCGAUCAUGCUCCCUUGGGGGCAGGUCAACUGGCAUCUACUAGUGUUGGAAUGUGUGAUGCUGAUGUCCGUUUAUCGUUAUACGGAUCGGUGGUAGUAACAGGCGGCAACACAUUGCUUCAAGGAUUCCCAGAACGUUUAAAUCGUGAUUUGCAAUUACGCGCUCCCUCUAACACACGCCUGAAAAUGAUUUCUGCCAAUGGUAGUGUAGAAAGACGAUUUGGUGCUUGGAUAGGCGGAUCAAUAUUGGCUUCAAUUGGCACAUUCCAACAAAUGUGGAUAUCAUCUCAAGAAUAUGAAGAAUCCGGCAAAAGUCAAGUAGAACGUAAAUGUCCCUAAAUUAUUCUUAAAACAAAACAAAAAAACUAAUUUAAACAAAAUAAUUUCAAAAGAAAAACUUCGCUUAAAUAUAAGUUAAAGACUUCCAUAAAAACAACACAA